GAGGAGGAAGAGCGCUUUUAUUUAUAUUUCAAAGAAACGAGGUGUAUUCAACAGCAGCUGGAUCGUUGCAACCUCGCUGUUUAGGUUGCUGGUGAGAAGAGGGUGCCAGUGAUGCCCGGAUCGCCCGUGGAAGUGAAGAUACAGUCCAGGUCCUCUCCUCCCAACAUGCCGCCGCUGCCGCCCGUGAACCCCGGCGGCCCCCGGCCCGUGUCCUUCACCCCGGCUGCACUGCCCAACGGAAUAAAUCACUCCCCACCGACGCUGAACGGGGCACCGUCCCCACCCCAGAGGUUCAGCAACGGCCCUUCCUCCUCCUCCUCCUCCUCCCUGACGAACCAGCAGCUCCCAGCCACGUGUGGGGCUCGGCAGCUCAGCAAGCUGAAGCGCUUCCUCACCACCCUGCAGCAGUUUGGCAACGACAUUUCUCCAGAGAUCGGGGAGAAGGUCCGGACGCUCGUCCUGGCGCUGGUGAACUCGACAGUGACAAUCGAGGAAUUUCACUGCAAGCUGCAAGAGGCGACCAACUUCCCCCUCCGGCCGUUUGUGAUCCCCUUCCUGAAGGCCAACCUGCCGCUACUGCAGAGGGAGCUGCUGCACUGCGCCCGUGCUGCCAAGCAGACGCCCUCCCAGUACCUGGCACAGCACGAGCACAUCCUGCUGAACACAAACACCUCCCCCACGGACUCCUCCGAGCUGCUCAUCGAGGUCAAUGGGAACGGGAAGAGGCACAGCCCAGACAGGAGGGAAGACAGCAGCUUUGAGAGGGAGCCGCUGCCCACAGAGCCUCCGGCCAAGAGGGUUUGCACCAUCAGCCCCGCUCCCCGGCACAGCCCUGCCCUGACCAUCCCCCUGAUGAACCCCGGCGGGCAGUUCCACCCCACCCCCCCGCCCCUCCAGCACUACACCCUGGAAGAUAUUGCCAGCUCCCACCUCUACAGGGACCCCAGCAAGAUGCUGGAACACAGAGAGAUCCGGGACAGGCACGGCAGCCUCGGCCUGAACGGGGGGUACCAGGACGAGCUGGUGGACCAUCGCUUGACCGAGAGGGAGUGGGCAGACGAGUGGAAGCACCUGGAUCACGCCCUCAACUGCAUCAUGGAGAUGGUGGAGAAGACGCGGCGGUCCAUGGCGGUGCUGCGGCGCUGCCAGGAGGCUGACCGCGAGGAGCUCAACUACUGGAAGCGGCGCUGGAGCGAGGCGGCCGAGCCGCGCAAGGCCGGCAGUGAGCUGCUGCCCCGGCAGCACAGCCCCGGCAGCAGCGACUCGCUGGGCAGCGAUUCCUUGCGGGAGUUCAGCAGCAGGUCAGGAACGGGCUACGUCACUGAGGAGAUCUGGAAGAAAGCUGAAGAAGCUGUGAACGAGGUGAAGCGACAGGCCAUGUCCGAGGUGCAGAAGGCGGUGGCGGAGGCGGAGCAGAAGGCGUUUGAGAUGAUCGCGUCGGAGCGGGCGCGCAUGGAGCAGACCAUCGCCGACGCCAAGCGCCAGGCCACCGAGGACGCCUUCCUGGUCAUCAACGAGCAGGAGGAGUCCACAGAGAGCUGCUGGAACUGCGGCCGCAAAGCCAGCGAGACGUGCAGCGGCUGCAACAUCGCGCGCUACUGCGGCUCCUUCUGCCAGCACAAGGACUGGGAGCGGCACCACCGCAUCUGCGGCCAGGGCCUGCACGGCCCGAGCAAGCCCCUGCCGCUGCCCACGGGCCGGGCCGCAGCCGCCAAGGGCCUGGACGGCGUGGCCAGCCCGGCCCUGGACAAGACCUCGGCCGCCACCUCGCGCUCCUCCACCCCGGCCUCCGUGACGGCAAUAGACACGAACGGGCUCUAAAGGGCAAGUUUGGGUUCACUCCCUUUGAUUGCGUUUCCGUGGGGGGUUCGUUAGUGGAGCUGAAGAAGAAACCCCCCCUCAGCAACUCGUAUCACUCGA